AUGCUCAUCAAGGCAGAGACUGGACAGAUCUCUUCAUCCACAACAUAUAGCAGCAUGACUCUUGGACAUUCAAGAAAUGAGCUGUCAAAAUGUCCUCAUGGAGAACACAUCAUCCUUGGAAUUAUGACCGCGCAUCAUCCGAGAUGGGGAGGACUAAGAAAUAGGGCCGAUCGGGAGACCAAGCAACUCCUAGAAAUUGUCAACAAAUGGGGACUCAAGUUAGCGACCCAACAAGGAACCUGGUCUCGAAGCGAUCAGUCAUCGGCGAUUGACCUCACGUUCAUCACAUCCAACCUGGUCAACAGGCUUAUCAUUUGCGAGAGGGCGGGCCGCGGAUGA